AUGAAGCUCUUUGAAACAGAUCAUUACUUUCACUAUCCCUGGGAUCAAGUCACUGCCGCUAACUGGCAGAAGUACCCCAAUGAACUUUCGACACAUGUGGUUUCUGUCGAUGUUUUGAACAGAACAAUUGACGAAGAAAGAAAAACCUUGAGAACAGAAAGACUCAUUGCUUGUAAGCAAUCGAUCCCCAAGUGGCUUACCUUUAUUGUGGGAGGCGAACAAAAGUCGUAUGUAAGAGAAGUUCUGGAAAUCGAUCUUGUUAACAAGACUUUGGUGAUGAAAACUCACAACAUGACCAUGAGCCACUUGUUACUUGUUAACGAAACUGUGGUGUACCGUCCAGAUCCAGAAUUGCCUUCUAGAACUCUUUUCAAGCAAAGUGCGGAAUUCACAGCUUACGCUUCCAUCUCGAAAAUCUGCGACAAAAUCGAAGAAUGGUCCGUCGAGAGAUUUGGCCAGAACGCAAAGACGGGAAAAUUGGCUUUCGAGCAUGUCUUACAGUCUCUCACCGAAAAAUGGGAUGAAUCUGGGCUCUUUGUCAAUGACGUUUCUAACACCAUCAUGAAGGAAGUCAAUGAUGUCAGCAAAAAGACAAGCAACGUAAUUACAGAAGUCAAGAAGUUGGGAAUCUUCACAAACAACUAG